CCCCGGCGACUUCCCCACCCCAAGCCUGCCGAGUCCACGGCUCCACGCCCUACAGCGGCACAGAGCGCACGCCCUCGCCGCGCCCUCGCCACGCCACGCCGCGCCGCGCCGCGCCCCGACCACGCCCCGCAGCGCCCCCGCGCCGCCCCGCGCCGCUCCGCAGCGCCGCGACGAUGUCAUCCGGGCGCCCGUCCGCAUCCGCCAUGGACGCCGACGCUCCCUCCCCUCCCAGAUCGAAGAAGCGCCCGUCCCGCAAGAGCGACAGCGACUGGAGCCCAAACCCUAGCCCUCCCGGCUCCCCGAGCGAUCAUAAGCGCAGGCGGCGCACGUCCGCGGAGUCCGCCGCGCUCGCGCUCACCGCGGUGGCCGCGCGUGCGUCCGCGGCCAGCUCCGACGCGGGGGGCGGCGCCAUCCGGAGGAGCCUACGCCCGCAGCGACGCGCGGCCCGCGUUGACGGAGGCGACGGGGGCAUCCAGAUGCUCGGGGACGCGGCCGCCCGCGUCGGCGGAGGCCGUGGCGGCGUUAAGAAAUACUGGAGCGACGCCGACGAGUUCACUCUCCUCGCCGCCGCCGUUGCCUUCCGCGAGCGCAACGGCCGAGCCCCGCGCCUCCCAGAUAUGGCCGAGCUGUUCGACUCCGUCUGCGACUCCAUCUCCCCGGACAUCGACCAGUUCAUGGUGUACUACAAGAUGAAGCGGUUGAAGAGCAAGUUCCAGCACUCUAAUUGCCCGAGCGACCGUCGCCUGCGCAACCUGUGCUCCAUCCUGUGGGGCGUCGGGGUCGUUCCCUCUUCCGAGGACGACUCGGACGCCGCUGAGAGACGUGGUGUCCCGGAUGCAGCAGCCAUGAUGCCGGUGGUCACCGAGGUGCUCGGUGAGUACUGGAAAACCAAUGAGCGAGUCAUGGCGCCUGUGCCCCUUGAGAAGGGUCUUUCGCUAUUAGGCAAAAAAGAGGGCAGAUUGCUCGAAACCAAGUGGAGGCAGCAGCUUGAUGAAGAGAUGCAAUCGCAGAUGCGGCAGCAUGAUCUGGCCAAGGAAGUCUGCGGCUUGCUCACUGAUGCCAUCAAGGGCCUUGGCCCUUAGCUUGGAUGGAUAGUGGAAGUAUGCGCACGGAUCUAAUUUUCAGAUACUGCUCAUUCUCUGAAACCAGGUACUGAUAAAUUCGUUGGAACUUAGCGCAGUCUGUUCAAUACUUUUUUUCUUUCCUUUUUUUUCGGUCUGUCCAAUAUUGUUCGAGCUAUGUACAUCGAAAUGUAAUAUCCAUCAGCAUACAGUGGGUUUUUGUGUUCCUGGGAACAGUUGAAUACCUGAAUCCAUCUCGUCCCGACUGUCAAAUUAUAUAACAUUUGGUUCAAAAAGCCA